AUGGGUAACGCAGCAGGAGGACUAGAGCAGGUGGAGGGACAGGAGACCCGGGGCUCAACCGGAGGGGUCAACCGUACCCCAACCACGCCAAAAAGGAAGAGCCCUCCACCAAAACUGCCCAUGCCACCUGAAGAGGAGCUAGAGGAACGCUUCAAUGUGGUAUUGAGUUCCAUGAACCUGCCACCCGAUAAGAUGAAGCUUCUUAGUCAGUAUGACAAUGAGAAGAAAUGGGAACUGGUCUGUGAUCAGGAGCGAUUUCAGGUGAAGAACCCCCCGUCUGCGUACCUGAAUAAGAUCAGGAGCUUCUACCUGGAUCAGGGAGGAGUAGUACGCAGGUUUAAGAAGCGCGUCCAGGAGUCCACUCAGGUGCUGCGGGAGCUGGAGAUUUCUCUGAGGACCAAUCACAUCGGCUGGGCUCAGGAGUUUCUGAAUGAGGACAAUAAGGGUUUGGAUGUUCUUGUGGAUUACCUGUCAUAUGCACAAAGUGAUGCACCGUUCGAGGUGGAGUCCGUUGAGAAUGGAGGCUCUGUUCCAGACAAUAGGAAGUUGUCUGAGAGAUCAGUAGAGGAUCUGACUAAGAACACCAACCAUGCUCCCACACAUGGGAUGACCAGAGCUGCCCGUGCCUUCACCGUAAGGUUGACAUCGUUGGCUCACGGCAGAAAGAGUCUGAAAAGUGCUCGGUUGGCUAGUUACAGGGAAGAUGUCCACCUCUGUAUAAUGUGUCUGCGUGCUAUCAUGAACUAUCAGUCUGGCUUUAACUUGGUGAUGACUCACCCACGCUGUGUUAAUGAGAUAGCCCUCAGCCUAAACAACAAGAACCCCAGGACUAAGGCUCUGGUAUUGGAGCUGUUGGCUGCAGUGUGUUUGGUAAGAGGAGGACAUGACAUCAUCAUCUCUGCCUUUGACAACUUUAAAGAGGUGAGUGGGGAGAAGAAUCGUUUUGAGAAACUGAUGGAGUACUUCAGUAACGACGACAGCAACAUUGACUUCAUGGUGGCAUGUAUGCAGUUCAUUAACAUUGUGGUCCAUUCCGUGGAAAAUAUGAACUUUAGAGUUCACCUGCAGUAUGAAUUUACACAGCUGGGAUUAGACAACUACCUGGAGGCUCUGAAACACACAGAGAGCGAGAAGCUGCAGGUACAGAUCCAGGCGUACCUGGAUAACGUGUUUGAUGUUGGAGCUCUGUUGGAGGAUGCUGAGAAUAAAGGAGGAAUACUGGAUCAUGUGGAAGAGCUACAGGAAGCCAACCAACAGUUGAGUGCCAGACUGCAGGAGUAUGAGAGUGGGACUAUUGAUAAAAUCGCUGAACUGGAGGAAAAACUCAUGCAGACGACAAAGGAGGCUGCUCUUCUAAAGGAGAGUUUGCGGGAGUCCUGCGCCCAGGUCAGCACCUUGCAGCAGAGAGAACGUGAGAGGGAGCUGGAGAGAGAGAGGGAGAGAGAAAGAGAACGCCUAUCCCAAACCUCCCAUCCUGAGAGAGAGAAGAAUGGAGAAACGGAGCAAGAGCAGAAGGACUCCGAGCUGGAGCUCAAGCUGAAGGAGCUCCAGGAGAAAGGCUUGAUCCGUAUGGAGCGCCGGGCCUCCGGAACACUGGACAUCGAAGUCAUUCCUAUCACCAUAGUGCAGACUGUCCCUGGCCCCGCCCCCACAGAUGCCAAUCAAACAGGUAUGGCCACUCCCCUUCACUGUGCUCCACCUCCUCCUGGGGCUGCCCCUCCCCCUCCUCCUCCUCCUCCACCCUUACCUGGAACCACAGUGCCCGAUGGAUCAGCCCCUCCACCUCCUGGCGGAGCGCCUCCCCCUCCGCCCGCUCCUCCUCCUCCUCCUGGUGCCGGAGGUCCACCUCCACCUCCACCUCCACCUCCUCCUGGUGGAGCCCCGCCCCCUCCACCUCCACCUGGAGGUGGACCGCCUCCACCUCCCGGAGCACCACCCGCUGGCGGAAGUGGGCCAGCCGCUAAGAGCCGUAAACCCAUCCAGACCAAGUUCCGGAUGCCAACGUUGAACUGGCAGGCUCUGAAACCCAAUCAGGUGUCAGGAACUGUGUUUAACGAGCUGGAUGAUGAGCAACUGUUAGGGGAGCUGAAUAUGGAUUUGUUUGAAGAACAGUUUAAGACUAAAGCUCAGGGACCUUCUACAAACCUUUCCAAUCUGAAGGUCAAAGUGGCGCAAAAAGCUCCCAGUAAAGUGUCUCUGCUUGAACCCAACAAAGCCAAAAACCUGGCCAUCACGCUACGCAAAGGGGGCAUGAGUCCGCCGGACAUUUGCGCUGCCAUCGAGUCGUAUGACCAGCAGGCUUUGAGUCUGGACUUUUUGGAGUUGUUGGAACGUUUCAUCCCAUCCGACUACGAGCUGAAGCUUCUGCAGAACUAUGAAAAGGAAGGGCGCCCUCUAGAGGACCUGUCUGAUGAGGACCGCUUCGUGAUGCGCUUUGGCAAGAUCCCGCGUCUCCCCCAGCGAAUCAGCACGCUUACUUACAUGGGCAACUUCCACGACACUGUCAAACGCCUACAGCCGCAACUGAACUCCAUCAUCACAGCUUCCAUGUCUCUCAAAUCCUCUGCCAAACUGAAGAAGAUCUUAGAGAUUAUUCUGGCUUUUGGCAAUUACAUGAACAGCAGCAAAAGAGGAGCAGCCUUCGGUUUCCGAUUACAGAGUCUCGACUUGCUGUUGGACACUAAGUCGACAGAUCGAUCCCAAACCCUGCUGCAUUUCAUUUCGAGCAUAGUGCAGGAGAAAUACCCUGACAUCGGUUCCUUCCACUCUGAGCUGCACUUCAUAGACAAGGCCGGUCUAGUGUCACUGGACAGUGUGUUGCAAGACGUCCGUUCUCUGGAAAAAGGGAUGGAGAUAACCAAGAAAGAGUUUCUGGUUCAGGAUGAUAACCCUGCCCUCAAAGAGUUCAUUAAAGUCAACAGUGAAGCGCUUGACGCGCUCGUUAAAGACGGCAAGACAGCGCAGGAGGCGUACGGUACUGUGGUGGAGUAUUUUGGGGAAAACCCAAAGACCACUCAACCCUCGCAGUUCUUCCCCGUGUUCGUCCGAUUCGUUAAAGCCUACAAGCAAGCAGAGAAGGACAAUGAACUGAAAAAGAAACAGGAGGCCCAGACUGCUGAGCAGCAGAAUCAGUCUACCCCCUCCCCCCGAAAGAAAGAGACCCCACAGAAAGGUCCCAUGAUGCCCAUGAUGCCCAAGAUGGACCUGAUAGCGGAGCUGAAGAAACGGCAAGUCAAGCCGCAGGUCACGGAUGGAGCCAUCGAUGACAUCAUCACAGAUUUAAGGAACCAGCCAUAUAGAAGAGGAGAUGGACGGAGACCAGCACAACGACAAGACAACUGAGAUUGUUCUCAUAUGCUUACCCUUAGAGCUGUCAGUGCA